CGGUGCGCAUGCGCAUAUGGAAGCGGAAGGCCAACCACGCGUGCCAGGCGGAGGGGGACUGAGCGCUGCAGCCUGUGGAAUCAUUCGCUUGAUUCAUUGGCAAAGCAGCGGGUAUGCUGCCCACCGAGCGCUCGUUUCCACAGCGAUAAGUGCCUGAAAAUAUCCUCUAAAAGAGAAAUACAUCAGCGCUGCUUUUAGAUGAGUACUUCUGGCUGCGACUUCCCAGUCUGUUAUUCCUGAGAAUGGAUUUUCGAUUUAAUUUUUUUCCUGAUGAAGAUGAAAGCAAAGAGCCCAAUGCUCACAAUGAGACAGAGCCCUGUUCUCCAACACAUGAACACCCAGAGACGAGGCUGCCAGAGAAAAAUGUCUGCAUCAAAGCUGCUAAGGAGCACUAUAUCCCUGCAGAUGUCAGUAAGGUACUGGAAAAUAAAGUCCUGGAAACAGUAUCAGGGCUGUGCUAUGUAAAUAUGUCUGUCGUGGAACUGACAUGCCAAGAUGGCACCCAUGAAGAAGAUAUUGUGUCGAAAAGUGUUUCUUCUCACUCUGAUCUCAUCCCAGGAGUCUAUGAGGGAGGACUGAAAAUCUGGGAGUGCACCUACGAUCUGAUGGAUUUCCUUUCUGAAGCCAAAAUCCAGUUUGCCAACAAGACAGUGCUGGAUCUUGGGUGCGGGGCUGGACUGCUGGGAAUAGUCGCCUUAAAGGGAAAUGCUGAGAAAGUCCACUUUCAGGACUACAACAGCACAGUGAUUGAGGAAAUAACCAUGCCUAAUGUGGUGGCUAACUGUAUAAAUGAUGGCAGUAAGGCUGACAGCGAAGAUGACAGAAAGAAUGUUAAGCCUCCUUCAAAGAAGCGCAAGAAAUCAGAGUGCCUGCCUGACGAGCUCACCAAGUGCAGGUUUUUCUCUGGAGGGUGGUCUGAAAUCAGCCAGCUCCUGUUAAGCAGCAGCAAGCCCUGUUCAAAAUACGAUCUAAUUCUCACGUCUGAGACCAUCUAUAACCCCGACUAUUACGGUGCUUUGCACGAUACGCUGGCUCAGCUGUUGGCUAAAAAUGGCCGUGUGUAUUUGGCAAGCAAAGUGCAUUAUUUUGGGGUCGGUGGGGGUACCUACCUCUUUGAAAAAUUCCUCGAGGAGAGGAAGGUGUUUAAGAGCAGCAUAGUGAAAGAAGUUGAGGAAGGGCUAAAGCGCUUUAUUUUAGAAAUAGCCUUUAAAGACUCCACUUAACAUGAAUUCCAGCAGUGCUCCAAAAUUAUCUUGAUAAAGACAAAAUAUUUUUAUCCUCAUACGUAUUUUUAAAUUUUACUGGGUUAUUCAAAAUGGAUGAGUUAAUGCUGUUCUUUUCUAGCUAUUGAAAAUAUUUUGACAAAUUCUGAUGCUUGACUGAAGUGAAGGACUCUUCUGAUUCUGGUAGAAAAGUAUAUUCCUGCAUAAAGUAUCAUCUCUUCAGCCCAUUUUGUUACUUGUAUGUGUUUAAAAAUAAAGCAAGUCACUGUUCCCAGUCCGCCUCUCACAUUCCGUGGCAGUGCCAGCACAGCCUGAGGGCGAUCAUUUAGCUCCCUAAUAUAGGGCAAGUAGUUCUUAAGGGCCAGGCUCCCAUCUCAGCUAUGAUUUAACUGCAGCAACAAAUUUCAGAAUCAGCUGCAUACCUGUGCGCUCUGCUGCUUUGCCACCAGAGGGGGAUGUGAUUGUAUUUAUCGUUGUAUUCUAAGCAACUGUACUACUUCCUUUUCUAAGACCUCCGCAGAUACUAACUGCCCACAUGGUAUGGCCCAUUUUCCAAACUUGCCUUCUUCCAUUACUGUAAUUUCAGGCUACUGGGGGCACUGCUGAACACUAUCAUAACUCUUCAAUCUUCUAAGCAGUUGGGCAGGGCAGCAAACUUUCAGAAAAGUCUGCUUACAAGUCACUCUUCUGCGUCGUAGGCUGAAGAUGCUCACAGUGGGACAAGACUAUGUUGCUCAAGAAAUUACUAUAAGAAAAACUGCAAACAAAACGAGAGAACUACAAAAUCCAGUCCCAAGUGUUUGGAAUCACCAACAACUCACAAAGAAAAUAACAUUGUAUAAUUAUUUUGGACAGAAAGCUAUUACACGACUGUACCAGGUACAUCAAUCUUACCUCUUGUCAGCACACGCUGCUUUACUGCAGCAAUAAUGCUUUGGGUGUCCUUGCAAAAAUAAAAACUUAAGAGAUAGUCAACCAUUACAGUAAGCUGGGUAAAGGGAGACUGUAUAAACUCGAGGCAGAAAAGAUUGUCUGAGAAGAUGGAAAAGGAAUCACUACAAUAAUGAUUUCAGUCACAUAGUAUUACGUAAGUUCCUGUCAUUUCUGCGUAUGAAAGCCAACUGCGAGGUUCCUAUUUUGACCAUGUUGCUAUUAAGAUAGCCAUAGAGGAUUUCCCAUACUUCAUUGAAGAGUCUUAACUAGAAUUGUUUAUGGAACAAAAAUAAGUAGACUACUUAAAUGGAUGCUUAGGACACUACUGAAGUGCUCUCUCACAGCAGAGAGGGAAAAAAGCAGUCACUUGAUGCUAAGGCUGUGACUGCACUGCAACCUGCCAAAGACAGACAAAUGCUGACUGUGAACAGGGGAACAGAAAAAAAGAUUUAGCUCUGGCACAGGUCAGUGAAAUACUGUUAGCAGUUCUUUGUCAAAAAUGGAAAGUUGGAACACCACUACUACUUGCUAUUUUAUAUACCUCAGCCUGAAGACAAAUCAUUGCUGGCACAUGCUGACUGGCCACCUGCUAGGUGCUGUUUCAGAGAAUGGUACCUAAAGCAACAAAAAAAAUAAUAAUCUUGACUUCCUAUGACAAUGAAUAUAGUUAAGAACAAGAAUCUCAUGUAUUUACAGUGAAUAAAGAAGGCUCUAAACAAUUGUAAUGCUUCCUCUUGAAAAUAUUCCUUGAUCAAACUCACCCUGUCUCAGGCUUAAUAACAUUCCUUUGUUCAGCAUCCUCAUCUUAUUCGUGGAUUGCUCAAGCAGCUCAGUUUUCAUGCAAAUACAGAAUCAGAUCUUUUAGGAAUUUCAAGUGAAGACUGCUAGAGCCACAAUCACACAGUGAUUGCACACCUACAAAAAAGGAAACCCAACACAUUGUAAUUAAGUUCCCAUUUUAGAAUGAUAAGAGAAUCAGUAUAGGAUAUUUUUCUCAGGUGAAAUCAGCAUUGAGAUUUCCAUAACUUCAGAUGAGUUCUGUUCUGCUUUUAGAAGUCAGCAGACACACUUAAUUUUGUGAGCUCGUUGUUCUGUUGCUGUUUCAGCAUCAGUAAAAGUGUUGUUCCUAGAUCAGGAAAGCCAGUAAGACUUUUCUACUUGCUAAAUCAUCAUCGCCCUUGUGACCAGUUUCCUGCUUCUUUUCAUGAUCUGGAAUUAAAAAAAAAUCUUCGUCUUACUUGUAAGACUUAUUAUUGGUAGGGCAAACAGCAUUUUUCCAAGUUAAAUUACAUUAGAAAAUAAUAGAAUUUAGAGGACCCUCAGAGCCCCCUUUUUAUAAUGCAAACCAUUGUAUCAAGCCCAAUUUCUUUAUUACGAAACAAAGAGGUCAACUGGCAACUCAAUUUUCAGCUCAAGUCUCUCCUUUUCUCCCCUGCCCCAUCCCCAUACUUUUUGAGAGUCACUGCAGUAAGAAAUCCUGUAUAAACUAUGUCUUUCUCGUAAGUACUGUAGUGAGAAACAUUAAAGUCUGUCAUAAAGUGUUUCAGGAAA